CUUCUCUUUCUCCUCGAGUAAUUCUCCUAAAUCAACGACCAUCCUCCAUCCUCCCUUCCUCUUUCCCUCGGCCCCUGUGCCUUCUCUCUUUCUAGAACCUCUUGAACAGCUCCCUCCCCUCUCCCUCCCAUCCCUCCUCCAUCCUCCUCCCCCGCCUCACAUCUUCCCAUCCUUAUCACACAUUCGCCAUGGCUGCUCCCCGUCAGCCCGAGGAGGCGGUUGAUGACGCCGAGUUCAUCGAUGAUCACCAUGACCACCACCGGGAUUCCGUUCAUACCCGUCUGCGUGCCAACUCGGCCAUCAUGAAGUUCCAGAAGAUCCUCGUCGCUAACCGUGGUGAAAUCCCCAUUCGUAUCUUCCGGACGGCCCACGAGCUGUCCCUCCAGACCGUUGCCGUCUACUCGCAUGAGGAUCGUCUCUCCAUGCACCGUCAAAAGGCCGAUGAGGCCUACAUGAUCGGCCACCGCGGCCAAUAUACCCCGGUCGGAGCCUACCUGGCCAGUGACGAGAUCGUCAAGAUUGCUCUCGAGCAUGGCGUGCACCUGAUCCACCCCGGUUAUGGUUUCCUGUCCGAGAACGCCGACUUUGCCCGUAAGGUCGAGGCGGCCGGCAUGGUCUUCGUCGGCCCCACCCCCCACACUAUCGAUAGCCUCGGUGACAAGGUCUCCGCCCGUCAGCUGGCCAUGAGCUGUGACGUGCCCGUCGUGCCCGGUACCCCCGGCCCCGUCGAGCGCUACGAGGAGGUCAAGGCCUUCACCGACACCUACGGCUUCCCCAUCAUCAUCAAGGCCGCCUUUGGUGGUGGUGGCCGUGGUAUGCGUGUCGUCCGCGACCAGGCCGAACUGCGUGAUUCCUUCGAGCGUGCCACCUCCGAGGCCCGCUCUGCCUUUGGCAACGGCACCGUUUUCGUCGAGCGUUUCCUCGACCGCCCCAAGCACAUUGAAGUCCAGCUCCUGGGUGACAACCACGGCAACGUCGUCCACCUGUUCGAGCGUGACUGCUCCGUCCAGCGUCGCCACCAGAAGGUCGUUGAGAUUGCACCGGCCAAGGAUCUGCCUGCCGAUGUCCGUGACCGCAUCCUGGCUGAUGCCGUCAAGCUGGCCAAGUCCGUCAACUACCGCAACGCCGGUACUGCGGAGUUCCUGGUCGACCAGCAGAACCGCUACUACUUCAUUGAGAUCAAUCCCCGUAUUCAGGUGGAGCACACCAUCACUGAGGAGAUCACGGGUAUCGAUAUCGUUGCUGCCCAGAUCCAGAUCGCCGCAGGCGCUACACUGGAGCAGCUGGGCCUGACCCAGGACCGCAUCUCCACUCGUGGAUUUGCGAUCCAGUGCCGUAUCACCACCGAGGACCCCUCCAAAGGUUUCUCUCCCGACACCGGUAAGAUUGAAGUCUACCGUUCGGCCGGUGGUAACGGUGUCCGUCUGGAUGGUGGAAACGGUUUUGCCGGUGCCAUCAUCACUCCUCACUACGACUCCAUGCUGGUCAAGUGUACCUGCCGUGGUUCCACAUACGAAAUUGCCCGCCGUAAGGUCGUCCGUGCCCUGGUUGAGUUCCGUAUCCGUGGUGUGAAGACCAACAUCCCCUUCCUUACCUCCCUGCUCAGUCACCCCACGUUCGUGGACGGUACCUGCUGGACCACUUUCAUUGACGACACCCCUGAGCUGUUUGCCCUCGUCGGCAGUCAGAACCGUGCUCAGAAGCUGUUGGCGUAUCUGGGUGACGUGGCUGUCAAUGGCAGCAGCAUCAAGGGCCAGAUGGGCGAGCCCAAGCUCAAGGGCGAUAUCAUCAAGCCCGUCCUCCUCGACGAGGCAGGCAAGCCCAUCGACGUCUCUGUCCCCGCUACCAAGGGUUGGAAGCAGAUCCUGGACCAGGAGGGUCCCGAGGCCUUUGCCCGCGCCGUACGUGCUAACAAGGGCUGCUUGAUCAUGGACACCACCUGGCGUGACGCCCACCAGUCGCUGCUGGCAACUCGUGUGCGUACCAUUGACCUCUUGAACAUUGCUCACGAGACGAGCCACGCCCUCGCCAACUCUUACAGUUUGGAAUGCUGGGGUGGUGCCACCUUCGACGUUGCCAUGCGUUUCCUGUACGAGGACCCCUGGGACCGCCUGCGCAAGCUGCGUAAGGCCGUCCCCAACAUCCCCUUCCAGAUGUUGCUGCGUGGUGCAAACGGAGUUGCCUACUCUUCUCUCCCUGACAACGCCAUCUACCACUUCUGUAAGCAGGCCAAGAAGUGUGGUGUCGACAUCUUCCGUGUCUUUGACGCCCUCAACGAUGUUGACCAGCUCGAGGUCGGUAUCAAGGCUGUCCACGCCGCUGAGGGUGUUGUCGAGGCCACCAUCUGCUACAGUGGUGACAUGCUGAACCCCAGCAAGAAGUACAACCUCCCCUACUACUUGGGCCUUGUGGACAAGGUGGUCCAAUUCAAGCCCCAUGUCCUGGGUAUCAAGGAUAUGGCUGGUGUGCUGAAGCCUCAGGCUGCUCGCCUGUUGAUCGGCUCCAUUCGCGAACGCUACCCCGACCUUCCCAUCCACGUGCACACUCACGACUCUGCCGGUACCGGUGUGGCGUCCAUGAUUGCUUGCGCCCAGGCUGGUGCCGAUGCUAUCGAUGCCGCCACGGACAGCCUUUCUGGCAUGACCUCCCAGCCCAGCAUCGGUGCCAUCCUCGCCUCUCUCGAGGGAACAGAGCAAGACCUUGGUCUUAACUCCGCUCAGGUGCGCGCUCUUGACACCUAUUGGGCACAGCUGCGCCUGCUCUACUCGCCAUUCGAGGCGGGUCUGACGGGCCCCGACCCCGAAGUUUACGAACACGAAAUCCCCGGUGGUCAGUUGACCAACCUGAUCUUCCAGGCCAGUCAGCUUGGUCUGGGCCAGCAGUGGGCGGAGACGAAGAAGGCCUACGAGGCUGCCAACGACCUGUUGGGCGAUGUCGUCAAGGUCACUCCCACUUCCAAGGUGGUCGGUGACUUGGCCCAGUUCAUGGUUUCGAACAAACUGAGCGCCGAAGAUGUGGUCGCUCGCGCAGGCGAGCUCGACUUCCCUGCUUCCGUGCUGGAGUUCCUCGAGGGUCUCAUGGGCCAGCCUUACGGUGGGUUCCCCGAGCCCCUGCGCUCGCGCGCUCUGCGCGACCGUCGCAAGCUUGACAAGCGUCCUGGACUCUACCUGGAGCCUUUGGACUUGGCCAAGAUCAAGAGCCAGAUCCGGGAGAAGUUCGGUGCCGCCACCGAAUACGACGUGGCCAGUUUUGCUAUGUACCCCAAGGUCUUCGAGGACUACAAGAAGUUCGUCGCCAAGUACGGUGAUCUGUCCGUCCUGCCCACGCGUUACUUCUUGGCCAAGCCCGAGAUCGGCGAGGAAUUCCACGUCGAGCUGGAGAAGGGUAAGGUGCUGAUCCUCAAGUUGCUGGCCAUCGGUCCCCUCUCCGAGCAGACCGGUCAGCGUGAGGUCUUCUACGAAGUCAAUGGUGAGGUUCGUCAGGUCAGUGUCGACGACAAGAAGGCUUCUGUCGAGAACACAGCCCGCCCCAAGGCUGAGGUGGGCGACAGCAGCCAGGUCGGUGCUCCUAUGAGCGGUGUGGUCGUGGAGAUCCGCGUCCACGAUGGCUUGGAAGUCAAGAAGGGCGACCCGCUUGCAGUCCUCAGCGCCAUGAAGAUGGAAAUGGUUAUCUCGGCCCCCCACAGCGGCAAGGUCUCCAGCUUGCUGGUCAAGGAAGGUGACUCGGUCGAUGGCCAGGAUCUCAUCUGCAAGAUCACCAAGGCCUAGAGUAAACAUUGUUACGAAGAGUCCACGAAUUGAAAAAGCUAAUGCCGAGGUUGACGUCUACAUCUGGCGUAAUGCCGUCUAUGUUGAACAAGGACUGCAUGUUUCUGAUAUUUAGAUUAGAGCGUUCUCUGUGCUUAUGAAUUGUUUUGGGUUGGGUUUGGGU